AAAAGCUUUAGGUCACAGACAAUCAUAAUCAGAAAAGAUAGUAGGUAGGUAGCCUUGUAAUUAGUGAAAUCAGGACCACCUAUAAUGUAGAGUGAUUUUAUUUUGUGUGUCACACAAUCUGGGAGCCACCACACAAAAUAAAAAUUUUCUAUAAUGUAAGUCGGUGUACUUUUGUUGUUUUUUGGAGUUUCGGAAUCUGUGGCUAAAACCUCAAACCCCUGUUUGUGUAAAAAUGGGGAGGAUAUUUGUGGUGGAUCUUCAAGGCACAACUUACAAUUGCAAAUUCUGCAAAACCCAACUUGCCCUUUCUGAUGACCUUGUUUCCAGGGCUUUUCAUUGCCGAAGGGGAAAAGCAUACCUAUUCAGUAAUGCGGUGAAUAUAACUUUUGGACCUCAUGAGGAGAGGAUGAUGCUUUCUGGAAUGCACACAGUAGCAGAUAUAUUUUGUUGUUGUUGUGGGCAGAUUGUUGGCUGGAAAUAUGAGGCAGCCCAUGAGAAAAGCCAGAAGUAUAAAGAGGGGAAAUUUGUCCUUGAAAGAGGCAGGAUUAUUGAUGGAGUUGACUCCGAGUUCUAUAUUGAUACUCGUCCAAGCAUGAGUGAUGCUGAAGACGCAUAACCUUGGUUUUCCGUCGUACCUAAAUACAAAAAUGAUAAUUCUAUGGUUGUAUCUUGUAGGACUUAUCCAAAGAACUAUUGUAUCUUGUCGAAGAUCUCCGCGAGUUUGUGGAUAUAGAAAUGAAGUUGCUGCAUAAGUUGUUUCUUUUAUAUGUAUGGUUCAUUAAAUAAGUAGUUGUACCACCAGUCAAUCCGAUGUCUAUCUCUAAUGGUGUGAUUUGGGUUUCUGGCCAUGAGUGAUGACUGUCAAUUCUGCCUUGAGGCGUGAAUAGGAACCUAAAAUUUGGAGUUAAUCCUAAGUUCUUGAGAUGCA